CUCACACUCACUCUCGCUCGUGCGUAUAUAAAUACUAGACGUAUCCACAAUCAUAAUCACAAACACAUCGCACUCCGAAGAGCGAGUACUACAGACAUACACAAACGAAGAACAAAAACUCCUUCAACAUGCAGGUCACAUUUGUCGUAUCGUCAUUGCUGUUAGCUGCCGUCGCAGUCAGCGCCUACCCCGCUGGACAGAGCCCGGAAUCCAGAGCCGUCAUCUUGGUCCAAGAUUCAGCACCCAGCGCCGACGGAUCAUUGAAGAACAACUUCCAAACCGAUAACGGAAUCAAACAAGAAGAAGUCAGGUACUUGAAGGCUGGCCCAGAAGGACCCGUUUCAGUUGUCCAAGGAGCAGUGUCUUACGUGGCCCCAGACGGCCAGACCAUCCAAACCGGCUACGUCGCCGACGAGAACGGUUACCAGCCGUACGGCGCUCACUUGCCCACUCCACCAGCAAUCCCAUUCGAGAUCCAAGAGUCACUCAGAUACCUCGCUUCUCUGCCCAGCACUCCUGAACCAAAAUACCAGUAAGACGGUGAGCACGCAGUGACCACCCCGGCCCGGUUUAUCCUCAAUUUUAUACCUAUACCUAAUAUACAUUAUACCUACCCCUCGAAAUGAUUAUCUGCCACACGUUUAAAGCAUAAACAUUGUAACAAUGUUUAUGGUUUAAAAGGCGGUUUCCAAAAGCCAACACUAUACUUCUGUUAUUGGGUAUAUUAAUGUUCUUCUACUGCUCUCCUGUCCGUUUACCUAUAAAGUAUAAUAUACAUAAUAAUGAUAUGUUACCAUGAUCUCGUCAUUGCGAAUUGUUGUCGAUGGCGAUGACAUUAUAUUAUAUAAUUAUACUAUAUUUUAUUCUUUUAUUACUUCAUCUCCGUCUUAUGUGCGGUUAUAUAUUAUAAUCGUCACAGACGUACAAG